UUCGCCCCCAUCAUACCAGACAUCCGAUACGCAGAAUCCACAACAUAUACUUGCAUACAUACAUACAUACAUAUAUAUAUAUAUAUAGAUACAGACAGAGAGAAGGAGAGAGAGAGAUGACGAGUGGACUUCGACUCUGCUGGUGCCUCUUUUUGGCCUUUGCGAUUAUCUGUUCUGCCCCUUACACUGUUUCUCUGUCGGGAGAUGAAAUGAUGGUGGUGAGCAAGGAAGGUCGGUCUCUGGAAGUGAAGCUUGACGAUUACAAUGAAGCAUCGGCGAACGAAAGGCACGAUCCCCGGAACAGAGCAAGCGCUAGCAGUGGCAGUGCAGGUGGUCGGAAGAGCCGCAAUCCUUAAUUCUCCAUCUUUAUAUAUACCGUUUGUGAUGGAAGAUUAUUGUUCCUAGUGAUAAUUGCUCUGUUGUUUGAAAUGCAUGGGAUUUGGUGAUAUUUGAAAUUCAAAAUAGAAUUUUCGUCUUUGAAAUGUAAAAUUGGAAUUUAUGAAAUUUGAUGUAUCAGUUUUCGAAUACUUAUCUGGUAUUCUCAAUACAUCAUUUCAUAAGGAUUUAGAGUUUAGGGUUUAAAAUUUAUUUUACUCUUUUUCUUUUUCUUUUUCAUUUUUUUUUUUUUUUUUUUUUUGGAAAAAAAGGGAAGAGCCUGAACACAAAAUGGCCCAACGGGGAGAGAGCUCCGAACUCAAAGCUACAGCCUAGCUAAGC